GAUGGGAUUUUUUUAAUCCUGAUAAGCGACGUCAGCAUUUUUGAAAUAGAGCCCAUUGAUCGCGCAUAUCCUUUUUAAACGCCUCUACGUUACGGGAAAAGUAAUUAAAAAUGUAUGCAUAAGUCAUGAUAGUUUUUUUGUUUAUUAAGGAAAUCUGAAUAACCGGUCAGAAACGCACAUCGCUAUGCAAAGUGCUCACAGACGUCCGCGGUCAUUCUAUGUUCCAUAGGACUUAAUUUUUUACCAUGACGGCGCUUCUAUACGCUGAUCCGGAUUUGAUAUUUGCUUUGAAUAGAAAAGUUAUAUUUGUAAAUCCAAAUGACUUGCAAAUAUUUAAAGAGAUCGAGUUGCCUGCUGAUUUAAGGGACUUGGGACUUAAAACCCCUAAAAGUUCCGAAGAAGAAGCUGCAACUAGGAGUGAGCAAUCGAAGAAGCCGAAAGAAGUUAACAUUGAGGAGCCUAGCAUACUGCAUGUGAAACUAUCGCCCGAUAGACAGCUGUGUGCAGUAACCACAUCUGGACAAAAAGCCGUCCUUCUGUACCAAUGUCGGCCUGAACACGCUAAGCUUAUCUCAGUUCGUCCACUGGCACGUGCCUCCAGCGCUCUUACAUUCAAUAAAGAUUCAAAUAUUCUUCUAGUGACAGACAAGUCAGGUGACUGCUAUAAAUAUGAUUGUGUAGAAUUGGAAGAUGAACCGCGUCUUUUACUCGGCCAUCUUAGUAUAGUGUACGAUGUUCUAUGGACUCCAGAUAACAAAUAUAUUAUCACCUGCGACAGGGAUGAUAAAAUUCGUGUAACAAACUAUCCUGCAACGCAUGAUAUACACGGUUAUUGUUUGGGGCAUAAGGAAUUUGUUUCUGGACUUGCUUUAUUAGAUAAAGAUACAAUUGUAUCUGUAUCUGGGGACAAAACCUUGCGUAUAUGGGAUUUUAUUACUGGUCGGGAGUUGUCUAAGAUGGAACUACCAGCACCUGCUUUACGUAUUUGUUUGCGUUCUAUUGAUAAAGAAACAUUCCAGGCUGCAGUUGUACUCUACCAACCCGAUGAAUGCAUUGGUAUUUAUGAGAUUAGAAAAUCCGACGCUGAAGAAUGGAAAAUAACAGAACAAAAAGUACUUAGGUUUCCAAAAGUGAUCAUUAGCAAUAUAUGCUUUGUGGGUGAAAGACUGUAUGCCGCCGGUGUUGUUGAGGACCGAUUUACCCUUAAAAUAUCCACGUUAUCGGAGAAAGUACCACAGGCAGCGGAAAAGUGGAUUACGAUGAUAGAAGAGCAAUUUAAAACCGAGGAAUGGAAGCCUGAGGAUGUAUCGGCGUGGUUCAAAAAGCGGUAUGACAACGUCAGCGAUUAUUUGGAACGUAAGAAAAGACGGAUCGAAGAAAAACAAAAAUAGUGAAAUACAUACAUACGUAGAUAGAUACAAAAUUGAAAAGU